UGUUGGCGUGUUCCAAAAAUGCAACUAAAUCAAAUAAAAGCGACGCCAUUUGUAGUUUUGCGCGUGGUUUGCGUGUGUAGAGAAAUCAAUUUGAUGAAGUGUAUAUCGUUGAAAGUGUUAACAUAAUUUAAAUUAAAAAUGAGUUCGUCAAUAGAAGAGCUAUCGAAACUAAAAGUGGUGGAUUUGCGAAAUGAACUGGCUAACAGAGGUCUUGACCAAAAAGGAGUCAAAGCGGUCUUGGUCAAACGUUUGAAAGAUGCGAUGGAUAAUGAAGAAGCGGGAUCAGCAGAUACACCCAAAGAAAAUGAAACUGUUGAGGAUUCAAAACCAGCUGAGCCAGUCAGGAAAUCACGAAGAUUAUCUAGUAGUGAUGAUAGGGCAAAUACACCUGAACCAGCCAGAAAAUCUAGAAGAUUGUCCUCUGAUGAAAAGGCAAAUACUACACUUGAAGAUGCUAAAUCUGGUGAACCAGUUAGGAAAUCAUUGAGAAGAGUAUCUGGAGAUGAAAGAGAGGAAGCAAGAUCAAGAAGAAGCACUGCUGUUUCAGAAAAGACAAAAUUACCUGUUAUAACUGAAAAAGUUGAAACACCAUCAAAACGGAAAGCUGCCGAAGCACCAAAGCCUGCAACAACUUCACCAAAAAAACCUGCAGAUGAGAAGUCAGAAACGCCUGUUACACCAGAAAAAGGUAACACAGAUAUAAAACCACCAGUUUCUGUGCCUGCUGAAAAUAAAGUACCAGUAUCACCUACAACUCGGGCUAAAACACCAGAAAAACCAGCACCUGUAAACAAAACAUCUGUAUCACCUACAACUCAGGCUAAAACACCAGAAAAACCAGCACCUGUAAACAAAACAUCUGUAUCACCUACAACCCAGGCUAAAACACCAGAAAAACCAGCACCUGUAAACAAAGCAUCUGUAUCACCUACAACUCAGGCUAAAACACCAGAAAAGCCAGCACCUGUAAACAAAGCAGCUGUAUUACCUACAACUCAGGCUAAAACACCAGAAAAACCAGCACCUGUUACCAAGUCUCCAGAAAAACUUGCAGUAUCUCAAGGAGCUGUUAAAGUGGAAAAACCUGCAACACCAGUUAAGUCAUCAGAAAAGCCUGUGGCUAAAACUCCAGAUAAACCUGCUGCUCAGAAGCCUGAAACAGUAGUUAAAGUGGAAAAACCUGCAACACCAGUUAAAUCUCCACAGAAACCUGUCGUUAAAACACCAGAAAAACAAGCUGCUGAAGUUAAAGUUGAAAAACCUACUACACCAGUGGUUAAGUCACCAGAAAAACCUGUUACUGCAACUGCCAAAUCAACAGAAAAACCUGCAACUGUUACGCAAGCAACAGCAAACAAACCAUCUGCUGUUGUUUCCAAGGCGAAUGAUAAAUUAAGUGCUGAAAAAACUGUAAAAACACAAGAAAAACUUCAGCCUACACCUAAACCACCAGUAGAGAUUAAAACAGAAAAAUCUGCUGCUGUACCAAGCAAGUUGCCAGAAAAGGGAGUAGCUGCAGAAAAAGCAUCUAAGAAAACACCAGAAACAGUUGUUAUUAAAACACAAGAAAAACUUGACGACGCUCUGAAGGCUAUAGAGAAGAAAAAGGCAUCCAAAGGUGAAGAACAAGCUGAUGAUAAACCAGAUGAAGAGAAUGGAGAACAGGCAGAUAAAGAAACCCCCAUGGAAGUACAAGAGGGAUCAAAAUCUCCUGCAAGAUCAGAUAUCAGAAAAUCUAAGACAUAUGAAAAUGACAAAAGGAGUCACAAAAGAAGACGAAGUAGUAACUCGCCAGAAAGCAAAAGAGAUGAAAAACGAAGACGUGGUGGGUCUCCAUCUAGAGAUGGUAGGAGAGCAAGGUCACCACCCAAAGAGGAUGAGCCUGCAUUGGAUGCUGAUGUGGUUCAGCUUAGUUGGUUUGAUUCCGAUCUUAAUCUUGAAGUAGACAAAGGUACAUUUUUGUCAGCGAAACCUUUGAAUGAAGGCGUUUUUAGUUAUGUGUGGGCAGGUGCUAGAGCCACGCAUGGUGUGUCCAAUGGAAAGGUUUGCUACGAAGUAAAAAUUACUGAAAAACUUAAGUGUGACACUUUUGAAUUAGAGAGAUCUCAUAGGGAUUACAGAAGAGAAAGGACAAACAAAUCUGAUAGUGACGAAAAACGUGAUGAAAGAGAUAAAUCAUGUGAAAAGAAAGAGAAUGACACAGAAAAAGAUACUGCCAGUGAAAAUAAAGAGGCUAGCCUAGAAAAGAAGGAAGAGUCCAUGGAAGUUACUGAGAGUGAAAAUGCAGAAAACAAAGAGUCUGCAGCUGAUAAACCGCCGGAAAGUACCGAUAAACCAAAAGAACCCAAAGGAGAAGAAAAUUCUGAUGAGAAGUCAAAGAAAGAAACUGAUGAGAAGUCAAACAAAGAAACUGAUGAAAAGCCAAACAAAGAAACUGAUGAGAAGUCAAACAAAGAAACUGAUGAAAAGUUAAACAAAGAAACUGAUGAAAAGCCAAUGGAAGUAGAUGAGAAAGAUGAUAAAAGCAGUGAAAAAUCAGAGGCUACCGUUAUUCCAACACACUGUGUUAGGAUAGGAUGGUCACUAUCAAGUUCUUCAUUACAAUUAGGCGAAGAAAAACAUUCAUUUGGCUACGAUUCAUCUGGAAAAUUCGUUACAGAUAAGAAAUUUUCCGACUAUGGAGUAACUUUUGAUACUGAUGCUGUAAUUGGAGCUUACUUGGAUAUUACAGAAUCUUCCAUAAUUCUUCGAUUUUCAGUUAAUGGAGAACUACAACCUCCUACUGAAAUAUCCAAGUCAGAAAUGCCUGAAGAUUUUGUACUCUACCCACACAUUGUUUCUAGAAAUUAUGCAUUCGAAGUAAACUUUGGGGAGAAGGCAGAACCUUGGUUUGCAGUUCCAUCAGAACUUACAAAUUAUAAGUUCAUUAGUAAAGCUGAGAAUAAAGUUUCUGGACCCACCAGACCAGAAGCUAAAUCAGAAUGUGAGGUACUUUUAAUGUUUGGUUUACCUGCUUGUGGUAAAACUCAUUGGGUAAAUGAACAUGUAGCACAGAAUAAGGAUAAGAAAUAUACAGUAAUAGGAAACACCACCAUGUUAGAGAGAAUGACAGUAUUUGGGGAGCCCUUUAAAUCCAAAUAUAAAGGCAAAUGGCGUAUCCUAAUAGACAGAAUGCAGCGGUGUAUAAACCGAUUACUAUCUACAGCACCUACACGCAGAAGAAACUACAUUAUCGAUCAGAGUAACGUGUUCGCAUCAGCCCAAAGCCGUAAAAUGCGGCCGUUUGAGGGCUUCAAGAGAAAAGCAGUCGUAAUAAUAGUUGGAGAUGAAGAGCAGACAAAGCGACAAGCGUUGCAAGAGGAACAAGAGGGUAAAGAGAUCCUUGACAGUACAAUACUUGGAAUGAAAGCCAAUAUGACUUUACCCGAAACUGGAGAUUUCAUAGAGGAAAUUUGUUACGUGUCUACGGAAGAAAAUGAAGCUAAAGAAAUUGUUAAAAAGUACCACGAGGAGGGAAAAGCAGCAUUGAAAGAUGAGAGGAGGGACAGAGACCGAUCCAAUUAUAACAGAAAUCAAGGCAGGAAUUACCAAAGAUCAGGUGGUUAUAACCAGUCCUAUGACAGAAGAAAUUGGCAAUCCUCCAGACGAGAUGAUUGGAAAUAUGAUCAGAGGUCACGAGAUUACAGAGGUGGUAGUUACGAUCAAAGAUCAGGGGGUCACUACGGCCAAGGAGGUUAUGACAGGUAUCGUAGUGGUGGAAGAUCAGAUUGGGGAGGCAAUAACUAUUCAGGCCGAGGUCACUCUGGUGGUUGGAAUCAGCAAACUUUUGGCGGUAGGAGUCAUGGUCAAUCAUGGGGAAGUCAAGGCUAUAAUUCAAAUUCAGGUCAAAGACACGGAGGGUAUGGGGAAAGAAAUUGGAAUUAUCAUGGACAAAGUAACUGGAACCAGGGAUAUCAACAACCGCACCCAUACCAACAAUCACAACAGCAACCACAUUUUCCAAUGCAACCACCGCAUCCGAUGCGACCACCCCAUCCGAUGCGACCACCGCAUCCGAUGCAACCACCGCAUCCGAUGCAACCACCGCAUCCGAUUCGACCACCGCAUCCGAUGCGACCACCGCAUCCGAUGCAACCACCGCAUCCGAUGCGACCACCGCAUCCGAUGCAACAACAGCAGCAGCCACAGCAGCAACAACAAGAACAAAGCGGUGCUGUUGCAAGCCCGUUUGCUCCCAGUCUCCAACCAAUCGCCCCAACAAACAGCGGCAGCAGCACUGAAGAAACAUGGGCGAAAUUUGCCAGGGAAUAUGCUCAACACCAACAAAUGAGACAAGCUGCAACUUUUCAGAAUCAAAGAUACUAAAUUAAAUGUAUGGUUAGUGUAUUUUCUAAAAUAAACUAGAAUUAUGCUUUUAAUAGUUUAAUCAAAGCUCUCCUUGCUUAGGAAUUGCUGCUCUUUCCUAUACCAUUUAUGUUCUGUCAUUUUUCUUUUGCCCAUUUUUUUGCAUUAAAUUAUACAUAUAAUGCUAUUUCUGUAAGUAACAAAUUUAAUUUUGUUACAUAAUUACGUUGUUUUGAAUGAUUCUUUGUAUUUUCAAUUAUUAAUGUUUUAAUUAUUAAAGUUAUUUUACAAUUAUACAUGUUUAGCAGAUUAAUGAAUCUUUGCUAUAUGCAUGGAAUAUGAUUUAUAUUUGACUUAUGCCUAGUUGCACCAACAGAUCUUAAGCUUAAGGGAGCGUUCAAGUAUUAUGUAACGCGAUUUUUGACCCCCCUCCCCUCUACGUAAUGCACUGUAAUCGGCGUUUAACUAUUACGUAACGCAAUUUUUGAAGAUUUUUGACCCCCCCAACCUGCGUUACGUGUACUUGAACGGUCCCUAAGACGUGCCUUAAGCUCAACUUACGAUACAUACAUAUUUAUGCGUUGCACCAUUGGGUAUUAGAUCAAUUUCCAGCUUGCCACAAUGGAUUGCCAAGUGGAUUUUGUCUUCAACUUAGUCUCAGUCAAGACGUGCUUAGAUAAGGAUUGAAAAUUGGACAGCGUUAUGCAUAACUCAACCAAGCGCCAAAACAUAGUUUUGAGAUAAAUGGCUCCAAAGUUUUUCGUUUCUUGGUUGCUUAAUGGUCGCUUAACGGUAAGUGGAUUAUUGUUGCUUGAUUUAAUUUUGUUUUUCUUAGUAACCGUUAAUGUGACAAUAACAGGGAUUUUUUCCAAGAUAAUUUUAGCUGUGUCACCAGAAUCCGCUGUUAUCUCUAUAUUAAAGAAAUGGCGCUUGGUCGAGUUAUGCAUAACGCCGUCCAAUUAUGGUGCAACAUACAACAUAAAGCCGACCUAUCUAUAAGCUGAGCUGGGCUAAGCUGGAGCUUAAGAUUUGUUGGUGCAACCAAGCAUUAUUAUUUUACAAUAUAGUCUGCCUAGUUUGACAAGUAUAGCAAAGGUCAUAUUAGUUCGUUUUAUAUAAUAUAAUUAUAUAGUCCAAAUAACUGUAAGAUAUAAGAGAAUAACACAAUUUGAUAAUAUAUUUUUCGGUUACCAUUCGUACUUAAAUAUACACUGUUCUAAUAUUAUUUUUCACCUAACCUUUACUAACUUCUAUAUCUAGAUCCUUAUCUGUCAAAUAUGGCAACUUAACCUUUUCGUGGAGGGAAAUAACCGUAGUCGCUAACACUUUUGGUGCCCGGUAGAUGGUUAAAUACAAAGAGGACUUGUUUAGGUACCGUUAAUUAUCGUAAAUACCAGUAAAUGAUUCAUUUAGGAUUAAAAUUACUUGCUAAAGUAAGCUGAGUAAGUUUUAUCGGUGAUAAUAUUACAGCCUUCUAGUUUGUCAACGAUACGCCAUCUAGGUUUUCAAAGAUAUAUUCCAGGACCCGGUAUAAAACCGUGGGAGAAAUAAUACCCACCUUGAUGUAUUCCUCGAUUUACGGUGUUUUGUCUGCAUCUAUCCAGACUUCAUCCAAAUACCAUCACUUUCAUGUAUGUACUUGAUAAGGCUCGAAUGCCUGGAGUCAAAUCUUGCUUAAUCCAGGGCCUUACAAAUUGACCAAAUUUCCAAGACUUUUCGGUUCUACAAAUUUAAUCUACACAAUUAAGUGUAUGGAUACAUUGUAUUCUGCGUAAUAUUUCUUUAUUACAGUUCUUAUUGCAUAAAGGUGGUUAGUAAUAUUUAACGCGUUUCAAAAACCCGCCUGUUCGACAGUGAAGAGUGAUCAAUUCAAAUAGCACAGACCUAUAAGUGAUGUAUUGGCAACCGUAAACUAUAUUUGUUAUAAUCAAAUCAAUAAUUUUAUAAGCUAAAUCAGGGUAGUUCUCGGAAGUUGGCUGUAUACCAUUUAGUUAAAAAACUUUCAACAUCAAAGUAAAAAAACUUCUGUUGUAAUUUGUGAAGUAUUAAAUUAAAAAUCCAAACGGUUAGAAUAGUUGUUCAGAACAAACGUUUUCGGACUUAUCAGUCAUCUUCAGUGAACUUUGAAGUACUUGAGCUAAUAACAGCACAACUAAACAAUGGCUGGGUUUAAAUUGUAGACUACAUACUUAAAAGUAUUAAAUUAAAUGACAUAAAAUGAAUGAAAAUGGAUAUAUCUCUCCGGGAACAGUAUAUUAUGUCUCUACUCAAAAUGGACAGAUGUAAUUGUGAUUUUGAGUAGGGAUACAUACUGUUUCCUGUUAUAUCCAUUUUUAUCGACUUUGUCAUUUAAUUUAAUACCUUUAAGUAUGCAGUCUACAAUUUAAACCAAAUCACUAAUUGGUUUUGCGGUUAAUAUCACAAGUACUUCAAAGUUCACUGAAGAUGGACUGAUAAGAUGGUCCAAAAACGUUCCUUCUGAACAACUAUUGUAAUCCAGUUAUAUUUUUAAUUACAUUUUUAAAUAAAUAUUUAUACCUAUUACAACAGAAGUUUUUUUAGUUCUAUGUUAGUUAUUUUUCAAUAAUUUUAUGAUUUUUCCAAACUAACAUGUUAAUUCUUUUAUAUUAACUCAGAAUGUAAUUACGUAGUAGCAUACAGGCUUUAUAUAAUAAUUUUAGUUUUAACAAAUAUUGAAUAAAGGUUACUAAAAAGUGCUGAUCUCAAUGUUGUAUUAGUUUUAUCUCACAUUUAGUCAUUUAAAGAUAUGUACAAAUCCUAUAAACAUAAACUAUUAGAAGCAUUUCUAGAGUGUUGAAUUUUCACAAAUUUUAUUUCUCUACUGCGAAAGAUCUUAUAAAAAGUACUUGAUUAAUUGAUGUGUGUACCUCGUUAAAAUAAAUGUAAAUAAUUAGCGUUUAUGUUAAAAUGACAUUUUACUUUUGAUGUAUUUGACGUGUGCAAAGUUUGUGAUGUCCCCAAAAACCAAACCCGCAUAUAAUUUCGAUCAUCGAGAAAACAUUUUCAGAUGUAAAUGUCUGAUAAACACAAAAACCAUUUCUUCUAAAGUAUUGUAUAUAUUUUUUUAGAAAUUCAGAAUGAGCACUGUUGGAUGUAUUAUUGUAUUUAUAGAAAUGAUUAGUAAUUUUUGCAUAUAAGUUGGUUUUUUUAUACAUAGGUUAUGUAUUAAGUUUUAACUAAAUUCGAAAUAAAUAUUUCUAAAAGAUGCUAACAA